UCUCUUUUUUUGAGUGAAUCCAGCUCAAGCAACCUUGAGCUUAUAAAGGGUUUUAGUACAAUUGAAUCAAUUAUAGAGCAAAAGGGUCGGUGAAAUAGGUCUAUAUAUAGAGACUUUGUGAUUCUAUAGAGUACUCAGUUUUUGAGAGUUGGUGAAAGGUUUGUGAGUAAAGAAAAAUGACUUCAAUGGAAUUGAGGCAAGCCUUUGCUGGCCUUCUCACUCUCUCAAUGUUCAUAAUGCUUGGUAAUAUGAUCAAGAAGGACCAUUUUGAUUAUGCAGUUGAAGAUAUUGAAGUUCAAGCUACAGAAGUUUCCCAACAAGACUCUGUAACAGUUACUCAAGAAAACAUGGCAACCGUUUCACAUCUUACCAAAAAGCCAUUGAAGCAAAAUGAUAAAGCACUAAAACCGUGCUGGAACCCUCCUGCUCCACUCAAGGAAGAAGACCAAUCUAAAGGUUUCGUCAUAUUUUCCUUAACAAAUGGCCCUGAGUAUCAUAUCUCACAGAUUGCAGAUGCAGUGGUUGUAGCUAGGUACCUAGGAGCCACUCUUGUGCUUCCUGACAUCAAGAAUAGCAAAUCAGGAAAUAGCAUGAACCUUGGAGAUAUCUAUGAUGUUGAGAAUGUUUUAGACAAGCUAAAUGGGUUCGUGAAAGUAACAAAAACACUACCUCCUCAAGUGUCUACUAGAAGCACACCAAUUGUGAGGGUACCUAACAAGGUAUCACAAGACUACAUUUUGAACAAAAUUAAACCAAUCUACAAAGCAAAAGGGAUUGUUAAGAUUGAAUCAUUCUUUCCCUCAACGAACACAACAAUUUCAAGAAACAAUAACAACUUGGACUCACUUUCAUGCCAAGCAAUGUUUGGAACACUUCAGUUGCAAAAGGAUAUACAAGAAGAAGCUGAGUCAAUAGUCCAAAAACUACAAACAUGGAGCCAAGAAUCAAAUGGACUAUUUGUUGCUGUGGAUUUGAGAACUGAAGUUUUGAAGAAAGGGUGUAAUGGGAAAGAUGGAAAGGGAAGAAAACAAUGUUAUCAAGGAUAUGAGAUUGGUGAGUUUCUCAAGAGAGUUGGAUUUGGUCAAGAAACUGUUAUUUAUGUCACUCAGACUAAAUGGAGUCCUGAUCUUAAUUCACUCAGACAUAUGUUCCCAAAAACAUAUACCAAGGAAAAUAUAAUGUCAGCAACUAAGAAAGAAAAGUUUCUAAGCUCAGAAAGCAUUGAAUUGGAGAAGGCCAUUGAUUUCUACAUAUGUUCAGAGAGUGAUGUAUUUGUGCCUUCAGUUCCUGGUCCCUUCUAUGAAAAUGUUGCUGGGAUGAGAAUUGUAUCAGGGAAAGAUCAAGUAAUUGUUCCAAGUGAAAUAGUAAGUCCAGAAGCUUCGGCAUCUGAACACAUGUCUCCCUAUGUGACCAAGAAGAACCAUAUUGCUUAUAAAUGCUUUUGUUGAAUUAGCAUUGCUCUAGGUUUGGCUAUGUAUAAUAUGCUUGAAUCAACCAAACUAGAGCUUUAUGUUUAAGAUGGUAAUAAUGGCUAUUGUUAUAAUAAGACAGUGGCUACCAACAUGUUCUAUAGUGUUCUAUAUUGUUAUCAAAACAUUAGUACUUAAAUGUUUGAAAGUAAAUUCA